CAAGUUCAAGUGCAAGUUCAGAACCCAUCUGCUGCUCUCUCAGGGAGCCAAAUACUGAACAAGAACCAGUCUCUUCUCUCCCAGCCUUUGAUGAGUAUUCCUUCUACUACUAGCUCUCUGCCCUCUGAAAAUGCAGGUAGACCUAUUCAAAACUCUGCUUUACCCUCUGCAUCUCUUACACCCACCAGUGCAGCUGCAGUUCCUUCUAGCAUGGCACACCCCAAAGAGAAAACCCCAAUGUGUCUUGUGAAUGAGUUAGCCCGUUUCAACAAGAUUCAGCCUGAGUAUAAGCUUUUGCGUGAGCAAGGUCCAGCUCACUGUAAGGUGUUUACAGUACAGCUAACACUUGGAGAUCAGCACUGGGAAGCUGAAGGAACUAGUAUUAAAAAAGCCCAGCACACAGCUGCUGCCAAAGCUUUGGAAGGAACAAAAUUUCCUAAACCCAUAGUCCGCCCUUUUCGUAGCGAAGGAAGGAAUCCAGAAAGCAUAACCCCUACUGUAGAACUAAAUGCACUGUGCAUGAAACUUGGAAAAAAACCAAUGUAUAAGCCUGUCGACCCUUACUCUCGGAUGCAGUCCACCUAUAACUACAACAUGAGAGGAGGUGCUUAUCCCCCAAGGUACUUUUACCCAUUUCCAGUACCACCUUUACUUUAUCAAGUUGAGCUUUCUGUGGGAGGACAGCAGUUUAAUGGGAAAGGCAAGACGAGGCAGGCUGCGAAACACGACGCCGCUGCGAAAGCUUUGCGGACCCUGCAGAGUGAGCCCCUGCCUGAGAGAAUGGAAGUGAAUGGAAGAGAAUCAGAAGAAGAAAAUCUCAAUAAAUCGGAAAUAAGUCAAGUGUUUGAGAUUGCACUUAAACGGAACUUGCCUGUGAAUUUUGAGGUUGCCCGGGAGAGUGGCCCCCCCCAUAUGAAGAGCUUUGUGACCAAGGUGUCAGUUGGGGAGUUUGUUGGGGAAGGUGAAGGGAAGAGCAAGAAGAUUUCAAAGAAAAACGCUGCUAUCGCUGUCCUCGAGGAGCUAAAGAAGCUACCACCCCUGCCUACGGUCGAGCGAGUGAAGCCCAGAAUCAAAAAGAAAACAAAAUCCAUAGUCAGGCUACAGAGCAGCACAGACUGCGGCCAGGGGAUGAACCCGAUCAGCAGACUGGCCCAGAUCCAGCAGGCGAAAAAGGAGAAGGAGCCAGAGUACAUGCUCCUCACAGAGCGAGGCCUCCCGCGCCGCAGAGAGUUUGUGAUGCAGGUGAAGGUGGGAAACCAUACCGCAGAAGGAACAGGCACCAACAAGAAGGUGGCCAAACGCAACGCAGCUGAGAACAUGUUGGAGAUCCUUGGUUUUAAAGUCCCACAGGCUCAGCCCACCAAACCAGCCCUCAAAUCAGAGGAGAAGACACCAAUAAAAAAACCAGGGGAUGGAAGAAAAGUAACCUUUUUUGAACCUGGCUCUGGGGAUGAAAAUGGGACUAGCAAUAAAGAGGAUGAGUUUAGGAUGCCUUAUCUUAGUCAUCAGCAGCUGCCCGCGGGGAUUCUUCCCAUGGUGCCCGAGGUUGCCCAGGCCGUAGGAGUCAGUCAAGGACACCACACCAAAGAUUUCACCAGGGCAGCUCCGAAUCCGGCCAAGGCCACGGUAACUGCCAUGAUAGCCCGUGAGUUGUUGUAUGGGGGCACCUCGCCCACAGCCGAGACCAUUUUAAAGAAUAACAUCUCUUCAGGCCACGUACCCCAUGGACCUCUUACAAGACCCUCUGAGCAGCUGGACUAUCUUUCCAGAGUCCAGGGAUUCCAGGUUGAAUACAAAGACUUCCCCAAAAACAACAAGAACGAGUUUGUAUCUCUUAUCAAUUGCUCCUCUCAGCCACCUCUGAUCAGCCAUGGUAUUGGAAAGGAUGUGGAGUCCUGCCAUGACAUGGCUGCACUGAACAUCUUAAAGCUGCUCUCUGAGUUGGACCAACCGAGUACAGAGAUGCCAAGAACAGGAAAUGGACCAAUGUCUGUGUGUGGGAGGUGCUGAACCUUUUCUGGCCACGAACCGUUGUGAAACCCCGACGCGUAUACUGAAAAUCCUGAAACUGCUUUGAGAAUUUGGAAGUUCUGAUACCUCCAGUGGGCCGAGAGACGUGCUGGGUGAAGAACCAGAGGCGGCAGUGGUGACGAAGACGGGAACACAAGGCGGCGGCCGUGGCUGCGCUCGCGGGUGCUGUUCUGUCCCCACAUACAGGCAGCUGCUGGGGGGCACGGCGGGGCCUGCCACGUGGCCCCGGACCCCUCGGUGCUUGUGUGUUGGGGCUGUGUGAAGGAAACCGGGAACAGAGCACGACCCUUUCUCAGUGGCUCACUCAAGCCCUUGGGACACACCCUGGACACCCACGCCGGGGAGCGGGGCCGUACACCAGCCCCAGGGCCGAAAGCACCAGAGAAAAUCACAUGCUUCCUACUCAGCGCCAGCUAACCAUUCUCGCGUGCUCCGGCCCCCGCCUCCGUGGCGCCCACUCUCUCCUCACCACUGCUUUCUCUCCCGAAAGAGAUUACAUAUUCUUAGUUUUAUUAUUUUCUUUUGACUGAAAUGACACUAUAUACAUUUUCAUCUGGGAGUUUCUCAAUUGUAUCUAGUUACAUAGCACAGUUUAGAAACUUGUCUGAGACUGACUUCAGUAAUCUAAUCAGCAAAGAUCAUAUCCAUGUGUAUGUGGUUAUACGUCUUGACUUUCCUGGACUAACCCAGGACCAUUUCGGUGACGCAAACUGUGUGGCCUCCGGUUUAGCUGAAACGGUCCUGGGCUUCUCAGAGUCCUUGAUGAAGUCUCCCACGGUUGUAUAAACUGGACAGUUUAGGAAUUUUAAACUUCAAUGAUCAUUUGGUUCUUUUUCUAUUUUACUUUUGUUAAUGCAACAGGACUUAAACAAAUGAACUUUGAUCUUUGUUUUAAAGAUUAUUAAAAAAAAAUCGUGUGUACAUACACCUGGCUCUUGAAGACACGUAGCUUUCACUACACUACAGGAUAUGGUCUCCACGUAGUACACACAAACCCGCAAGGGGAUUUCCUUGAGUGCUUUGUACUGUUGAUUACAUCUCCAUGUAGGGCUGAAAAGAAUGACCCGUGUUUAUCUCUGAAACUGUGUUGCUUUUGAUGUUGUAUUACUGGGCACAGAAGCGUGUGCAGUUUAAGGUCCUGCAUAUGGUCCAGAUGAAAAGCACCGUAGCCUUGCGAGUUAAGUACCGCUUCGAUUCAUUGUUUACGCUGGAAUUUUUUCUCCCCAUGGAAUGUAAGUAAAACUUAGUGUUUGUCACCAAUAAAUGGUAAUACUAAA